GACUACCUUUUAACGUUCCUUUAAAAUUGGACAAUGCCCCCGGCCACCCAGAAGCCCAGGAGUUCAACCUUGAAGGCGUCAAACUGGUCUGCUUGCCCCCAAACACAACAUCUCUAAUUCAGCCUAUAGGUCAGGGGGUCAUAAGGACCUGUAUGACUCACGACACAUAGUGCUCUAUGGAAAGGAUUGUCAAUGCUGUGGAAGGGAAGCCCGACAGAGAGAACAUCGUGAAUGUCUGGAAGGAUUACACUGGUAAAGAUGCCAUCAUCGUUAGAGAAAGAGCCACCAAAGCCAUCAAGCCCAAAACAAUAAAUUCCUGCUGGAGAAAACUGCUUCCCAAUGUUGUGCUUGACUUUUCAGGAUUUACAACACAGCCAAUCAAGAAAGCCAUGGAAAAGACUGUGGCUGUGGCGGAAAAGACUGUGGGUGUGGCAAAAAAGGACCUGGCCACCCCUCAGGCCUUUGCGCGAAACCCUUCCCUGGUGUGGGAGUUCUACCACUACCGGCGGGAGGUCAUGCUGAGCAAGGAGCCGAACCCGGGGCACCUCGCCAUUGCUGAAUGUGAGGCCCGGCUGCACGGGCAGGGCCGACGGGUCACGGUCAUCACUCAAAACAUUGAUGAGCUGCACCGCAGGGCUGGCACCAAGAACCUUCUGGAGAUCCAUGGUAGCUUAUUUAAAACUCGCUGUACCUCUUGUGGCAUCGUGGCUGAGAAUUACAAGAGCCCAAUUUGUCCAGCUUUGUCAGGAAAAGGUGCUCCAGACCCUGAAACUCAAGAUGCCAGGAUCCCAGUGGAGAAACUUCCCCGGUGGGAACUUCCUCCGUGGUUUAUCCUGCCGCCAUGUUCGCGCCCCAGGUGUCUGCGCGGGGAGUGCCAGUGGCGGAAUUCAACAUGGAAACCACCCCAGCCACCAACAGAUUCAGCCAGAAUCGUUCAACCUCACGUCCUGAAAAGCUGCCACAUCUCCUUUCAGACACACCGGCUACUUGCUUGUUUGAAACUUGGAUCAAAUUUGACAAGUUCCUCACUGACCGGCACGGACUACAAGAACCAGUUUUUUUUGGUUGGAAUUUUCCCAGAGGAGCGUAACUGACCAGGGCAGACAGUCAUGCUUUUAUCUAGGGGUCAGCAAAGCUGAUGCUGAGAGAUGCAGGUGAUCUUCUUACCCUUCUCAACUUUUCAAACAGGAACCAGGCCUAGAGCGAUAGAGCGUUCGAACACACAGUUUGACGGGCAAAAUUUUCUCUUCCAUCUCAUGCAUGACAGAUUUGGGUUGAAUUUUACGUGAGGUCGGGGCUCAGCAAACUGCUUCCUGUAGGCCAAAUUCACCCGGUGUCUGUAUUUGUAAAUAAAGUUUUAUUGCAACUCAGCCACGGCCCUGUGUUUCUGUAUUGCUCAUGCCUGCUUUUGUACCUACAACAACACAACUGAGUCAUUGCAGCAGGCACUGUCUGGCCUGCUAAGCCUGAAAUAUGUUCUCUGGCUCUUUACAGAAAGAAGUUUGCCAACUUCUGCUCUAGGUUAACGAGAGAAAUGAAAACUGGGAUAAUAUGUCCUUUUAACCUAAUUUCCUUUUACCUGAACAGGGAGCAGGGAUGCUGCCUACGCUUUCAACUUGGAUCUCACAGGACAUCUGAGACCCUUGCUCAAGUUGUUUAGAUUCCUUGCCCCAAUUCUAAUUUAGAGACAGACUCACAGAAUUUGCCUCCCACUGAAAUGUACUAAUAUAGCUCUGGUUUGUUUUUGUCAUUGUCCGCAUCCCCAGUGGUUGUCUCGGAUGAGUUCUGAUGAGCUGUUAUGGUUAGAGUAGAUCCGAGGUAUUUUCAGAUUGGGCUUCAAGGUUUUGACUGUUAUUCAACCCCGGGAUCCUCCGCGCAUGAACGUCUGUGCACUUGCUGAGACAGGAAUGGGUUUUGUGCUCGCCUGAGAGAUGGUGUGCAGGCCCUUCCAAGCACCCUGGGCCUCCCGUGCCCUGUGACCACCACGUUCAUCUUUGAAUUUCUCUAAACUUUGGAAUUCAGUUGAAGUCCACACCUAUCUACUAAGUACCUACUAUGUACUAGGUACUAUGUACUCGGUUCUAGGUACUAGGUACUCCUAGGUACUAGGUACUAGGUUCUAGGUGCUCAGGAUGGGAUAUAUGAGUAAACCAAAACAUCUGCCAUGUGAAGAUGACAUUCUAGUGGUGGAGGCAAACGGUGAACAGGAAGCGUAAUAAACGUGCAAAUGCUAUAGCAGGUGAGAAGGGGGGCAGCAAGCUGUGGCAAAGCUAGAGCUGGAGGGGAGCGGACAGGUUGCAGGAUUCAGCUGGGUAGUCAGGGUAAGCCUCACUAAGAAGAUGUCUGGGCAGGCUUGCAGGAGGGGAAGGAGCUAGCUAAGGAGAUCGUCUAAGAGUGUCCCAGACACAGGACCACCUAGAGCGGAGGCCCCCAAGCCAUGCACGCCUGGGAGGUGGAAGGGACAGCACUGGAGGUCAGUGUGGCCGGAGUUGAGGGAGGGAGGGGCACGUCCCAGAAGAGGGGGUCAGUAUGGUCAGGAAGUAACGCGUUUCUGCGGGGGAAGAAGUGCCCCCAAAGAAACCGACCUGCCAGUGUAAGGAGUUCUUAGCUGGACAUGGUUUUAUAGAUUGCUUUAAUUAUUUGCUCAUCAAGAAUGUAAAGAGUUUAUUUGUAGUUUUCUAUUUUUUUUAAGAUUUUAUUUAUUUGAGAGAGAGACAGAGAUAGAGAGAGACAAGCAGGUGGAGCAGCCAGCAGAGGGAGAAGCAGGCUCCCCACUGAGCAGGGAGCCCGACGCGGGGCUCGAUCCCAGGACCGUGGGAUCCUGACCUGAGCCAAAGGCAGACACUUAACCGACUGAGCCAGCCAGGUGUCCUCAGGAGCUUACUUUUAAUUUGCAGUUGACUGCAGUUGAUAGGAAGUCCGAUGUCUGGCUGGACGGUCAAGGGUGGGCAGUAGGGGCCCUACUCUUGGCUCGAGCAGCUGGGCUCCUGGUUGGUCUGUUCAUCAAAAAGUCACGUAAAGUCAGAAUAAUUUUAAAAGGACACAUAGAUACCUUACCAAAAUAUACUUAAAGAUACUUAAAAAUACUUAAUUUUAUUUAUUUAAAAAUAUGUUCAUUUAUAGCAGAACACUGCAUUCAUUUGUUUUGCUUUGUUUGCUAGAGCUGAAGGCCUUUAAUGUGAGCAGGUCACCUGUUGUGCGUCCGUGAUGUGCCUAAUCCUCCCAGUGGUCCCCAGAUGCCCCUGAAGAUUAAGAUCACCCCAGCCCUUAUUUUGUAAGACAAAACAGACAGCCCCCCCCCAAGUCAGAUCCCAAGGCGCUAGUCUAGACUUCCUGAAUCAGAAUUUCCAGGGCGUGAGGACUGUUUGUAUACUUGACAAGUGGCCCAGGUGAUUCUUAUCAUCUGGGAGUCUGGGAAAACACUGGAUUCCAACCUCUGGUUUGGGUAUUUUUCUGCUUUUUUUUUUCUUUUUUAAAGUGCAACAAGAACUUAUGAAAAGAAAUUUGUGAAGCAGCCUUCCCUCAGUCUUUAUUUCUUAUUAUUUUUCAAAGAUUUUAUUUAUUUAUUUGUUAGAGGGAGAGAGCACAUGAGUGGGGGGAGGGGUAGAGGGAGAAGCAGACUCCCCGCUGAGCAGGGAGCCACACAUGGGGCUCGAUCCCAGGACCCUGGGAUCACGACCUGAACCGAAGGCAGAUGCUUAACCAGCUGAGCCCCCUGGGCGUCUCCCACCUACACUAAUUUAAUAGAAUUAUUUUUAGUGACCUGUCGUGCCUUUCCAAUGUAUACAUCAAAUUUUCCUAGGAGCAACCAUCUUUUAACAACUGUAUUUUUUGGGUUUAUUGCAUAAUUUUUACUAAAAUUAGUUAAUCACAUUAACCAGUAGCAGUGGCAGGAACAGAUUCAGACCAGUGGUCCUGGUCACCCUGCUGCUGGGGAGACGGGGAUGACGUGUGUGUGUUGGGGGGCACGGGCUGCUACAACGUGAGUCUUCAAGCACUUUUCCUCACGUACCUCUUUUAAACUUGACAUCUAAAAUUUUGUUUCGAAAAGGUCGCAAAAGAUGUGAUUCCAAGUGUAUUGGAAAUAAAAUAGUCAUUUUAUAAUAAAACUGCCAUUAUCAUGGGUUUAAAUAUAUCCGGGGUGAAUGUCGCCACCACUGGACACCCACGGUCAUGUACUUACAGAGUAGACACAUAUGCCCCUUUUAACAGCCUUCAUUGUUUUCCUCCUUGAACUUGUAUUUCCGUUCUACUCUCACCACAGAAAUGUAUAUUCAUGUAAUAUAUUUUUAUGCUCAAAAAUCUUUUGUUGACCAUCCUAUGAUAUUUCUGCAGCAAAAUGUGGUCUGAAUCAUUUGUUUUCAGUUUCCUUAAAACUUAAAAAAUGUUUUAUUAAAAAAUUCCUCCAGGUUGAACUAUCAGGAACAGUAAUUUGUGGGAUAGCUGUUGAAAACAACAAAUAAAUGAUACAUUUUGGUUAAUAAUUCCAUAAAAGUGAAAUCGUACUGGAAAUGCAUCUCUUCAGAGAUGCAUAGGACAUGAAUUUUUUGGAUUAGUUCCUGUGUCCCUGGCUGAGUGUGGGAAGGAGACCGAUUUCAUGCUGUUCUAGCCCAAUCCACCUGCAGUCACCAGAAACUAACCUGUAGUCAGAUCAGCUCUGCCCGCUCUCUGCAAAUGAGGGAGGAACAGGGCACAUGUCCCCAAACGAAGGAAAAGGUGCAGUUAUUAUAGGAUUUGGAGGGAGGGUGGAGUUUAGGUGAAAUUUAAAUGAAGCUGUUUUUGGUAGACUGAGCAGCAAGCAGGGCUGUGUGGGAGUCAAGUGCCGUCUGGCUGGCCAUGUGGACGCAGGGUCCUGUUUCCCUGGAGACCGCAAAUCGAAGGUAGACUGGCAACACUGCCCAGACGCCCCUUUGUGAAGCUCGGUCCCAGGGUUAGAAAGCAAGGUUGCUGCUCGGUGGCAAAGUGACUUCGAUGCUUCAAGCACAUUUAUCCUUUACUGCUGCAAUUUCCAACAGCAGUUUCUGCUAGCUUAUGAUUUUAGACUAUGGAAUUCCUCUGUGAGUAAAAAAGCAGUAGUCACUCAAAGAAGGGAGUUGUCACGAUACUUUGUACAUCGUCCUGGGGAAAAAAAUAUUGUUUCCUAUUUGCAGUUGGCUUCAUCUGUGUAUCUUAUUCUACCUAAUAUGAGGGAGGGCAGGCCAGAUUUUUCCUGGCCAAGCUAAAUUUCACCUUUCCAAUGUCUAUUGUAAUCCUUAGCUUUUGCUCUUUAGAGACAUAGGUCCCGAGAAUGUGAGCCACAUAAUUCACCGGGAAUGAAAGGAAUUUGAUUAUGGCAAUGCCACUCAGAUUUUGGACCUCUUUCCAAGUUAUAUGCCAAAAUACACACUGUAAUUUUGUAUUGCAGUUAGGGAUCUGUUCAUUGACAGUCCUAUCAGACCAGACCCUCUUUCAGUUUUAUGGAAAGCAGGAACGAAAUGGCCCUUCCUUGCCUAAGGAUGCCUUGUCGCCCAAUCUCUAGAAACCAUUUGUUUGCCGAGACCUGCACCAACAUUUCAAACGUCCCUUUAUCUGGCCCCUCAUACGUUUUCACACUCUGUGAAAAGGCAUCGCUGUAAGGUUUGGGGGGACGGAGGUGCGGGGACCAGCUUGCUCUUGCAAAGUGGGAGAAGGAUGGAUGUGGAAAGGAACACUCAAAAGUCCCUUUCUUAGGAAGGAGAACAUAUACAAGUUGAGGCUAUGGGAAUUUCUGGAAAGUUCUCUGUGACGGCUAUAAUUUUGGGGAGAGCCUGGCUGUAAUUUUUGGGAAGUCCUCAAGGGGCUCUAACUCUGCAUGUGAGGAGCUUUCUGGUGGCAGGAGGAGUGGAGAUGUCACCUGGUUGGGGAUGUCCGUUAGCGGCACUCUGUCCAGAGAGAAGAGUAUUUGAGGUCUCAGGCAUUCAUGAUCUGUGUUGUGUCAAGAAUAAACAAUAUGGGGGCUCCUGGGUGGCUCAGUCGGUUGAGCGUCUGCCUUCAGCUCAGGUCAUGAUCCCAGGGUCCUGGGGUCGAGUCUCAUGCCAGGCUCCCUGCUCAGAGAGUCUGCCAAAUAAAUAAAUAAAAUCUUUAAAAAAAGAAUAAACAACGUGAAUAUCGAAUUACCUUGAACAUGUGCUUUUUCAUUUUUAAUUAUGCUCAAUUGGUUUUCCUCUGAAUACACUAGAAAAUCCUGCUUUUGCCAGGAUACUCUGAAUCCUGCAUUCAGAGUUGGCUUUUUUUUUUUUUCUUCUUCCUGUUAUGUUUUUCCUUGAAGGAAGCAGAAAUGAAUUUUUCUUCUUUCUCUCUCCUCUGCUCUUUUUGCUUGUUGCUACUCUCUGACUGUAAGUCAGGGUUAGUCAUAAGGUUCAAAAGAGGGCUUGAGAGUCCUGUUCACUCAGCUAAAAUGUUCGUGGUCUGCGUGGUGCGUGAGGUGGUUUUUCUCGUGUCCUUAGCGUGUGAGAGUGCUGUUGCAAUUAGUACACAGACUUCGUAAAACUUCAGCUUCAGCUACGAGGUUGGCCAUACAAUCACAAAAUGCACUGUGCAAUUCUGUCUCCCCUAUCCCUUAAAUAAAAUUGUUUAUAGCACCUAAAUUCCAGGCAGUUGCUUCCCCAAAUUCCCUUGAUCACUGGGACCAGCCCAUAAUGAAAUGUCUGCGUCUAGAGUUAUCAGACACUAGGUGAAGGAAGGAAGAACGAAGUUCAUAGUACUGUAUUUGUGAGAAUUGGGAUUUUGCUUCGGAUGUAACUAAGAAAUGUGUGACUUGCUGGAGUAGCCCCUUCGUGUUUCUAACUCUGC